AUGUCCAGCUCCGGCAGUCACACCGGCUCCGAUCUCGACGUCGAUGAGGAGCUGGCCCUCCGCAUUGCCUUGGAACGGUCCAAGGUGGCCCGCUCCGUAUAUGUUUAUGCCCAAAUCCUAAAACGUGCAGUUGUGCUCGCUCAAAGUAGUGAACCGUUAGUUGGGUACAAGCGCCAGAGGAGUAAGGCAAUUAUCUGCCGAGGGAAGCGCCCUGAUGAUAUUGUGAGCAAUGAGAGUCUUCCCGGAGAUGCUGAAAAUGUGAGUGACAAAAGCGGUGGUGUGGAUAAGCCACCAAAUCCAAAGCGGCAGAAAACCGGAGGAAACGAGGGUCGUAGGAAUAGGGCAUCGCCUGCAAGGCUGUUCAAAUUGAAUAAAGAGUUGGUUUCUAAUCAAAAAGGUGUUAUUAUUGGAAAAGAGUUUGGAGGCCUGCUGGACCUUGCAGCGAACAGCAUGCCUGGCGAUCUUAGUCAAUGGAUAAUGAAGCAUUAUGAUCCAGAGAUGUCACAGAUAGUUAUUCCAUAG